UCCGCCAAUAGGAAGCAGGUAAACAUUGCCCUUGUUAUGUAAGCGUCAGGACGAACGGCGACGUUUUUUUGAAAAUAAUUGUAUUUAAUUUAACGAUUUACUGUAAAUCAUGUCGGUUAAACACGCUCUUAGUCGUGGGCUGGAGUUGGGAAGGUCGCUUUUUCAGCUCGGGAUCCUGAAACCUGCGGCCCGAAUUGCAGUGAAGUUCCGAGGUGAGCGCCCGUGGGUGACUCAAACAGGCCGCACUGUUCAUCCUCGGACUUUCCUGCCUGCACGCUACCGGUAUUACCGCACGUCCCUCAGCGGCCUCGCUGCGCAGCUCCAGUCCUCCGGCUUCAGGAGGCUGAUAGCAGGCGGAUCUCCGAGAAACCGAGCCGUUUUUCUGGCAUUCGGUGUCGGCUUGGGUUUGAUCGAUCAACAGCUGUACGAAGACCGAAGGAGUGCAGCGACAUGCCAGGAAAUCCAGGCGUUUUUCAUGAAGAAGAAGGAAAAGAUCCAGAGCCCUUGGAAACCGUUCUCCUGUGGAUAUAAACUGGAGGACUAUGUGAUUGGGAAGCAGAUAGGAAAAGGUUGCAAUGCUGCUGUCUACGAGGCUGCAGCUCCUUUUGCCCCCCCUGUGGCAAACAAGAAGUGCUCCUUGGUAGAGCUAAAACAAAUUGGAGAAGAAACUGACAUCAAAGCACCUUUACAAACCCCCAGUUCAUACAGCUACCCCCUGGCUGUAAAAAUGAUGUGGAAUAUCGGGGCAGGUUCUUCAAGCGAGGCGAUCCUUAAUGCCAUGUCCCAAGAGCUGGUUCCGGCGAGUCCUCAGGCUCUGAGGAAAGAUAAAGGAGAGCUUGUCCUGAGUGGUCAUUUUGGAAACACUUCCAAGAGAGUAACGCCUCACCCCAACGUGAUCCGGGUGUAUCGUGCCUUCACAGCCGAGGUCCCGCUUCUGCCUGAUGCUUUGGAAGAGUACCCCGCUGCCCUGCCUGCCAGACUCAACCCUGCCGGGCUGGGCAACAACCACACGCUCUUCUUGGUCAUGAAGAAUUACCCGUCUACACUGAACCAAUACCUGCAGGUGUGUAUACCAGGCUCUAGACACGGCUCCAUGAUGCUCCUGCAGUUGCUGGAGGGUGUGGAUCAUCUGUGCAGGCAGGGCAUCGCUCACAGAGAUCUCAAAUCAGAUAACAUCCUCCUGGAGUUUGACUCUGCUGGCUGCCCCAGACUGGUCAUCACUGACUUUGGCUGCUGCCUGGCUGAAGAGCGUUUAGGACUGAAACUGCCUUUCACCAGCCGCUAUGUGUACCGAGGAGGGAACUCCUGCCUCAUGGCACCUGAGGUGGUUACAGCCGAGCCUGGCCCCGGUGUAGAGAUCGAUUACAGUAAGGCAGACGCGUGGGCAGUGGGAGCCAUUAGCUACGAGAUAUUUGGUCAGCCGAAUCCGUUUUACGGUGCCAAAGGCUUGGAAAGCCGCAGCUAUCAGGAGAAUCAGCUGCCCCUUCUGGGUUCCAACGUGCCCUCAGACGUGCAGCUGGUGGUGAGGCUGCUUCUGCGCAGGAACCCUAACAAGCGCCCAACCACACGUGUGGCUGCCAACAUCCUGCACCUGAGUCUUUGGGGUAAACGUGCACUAGCCAGCCUGAACCCUGCCAGCCUGGGGAAGAUGGCUGACUGGCUUCUGUGUCACUCAGCUAUGGUUCUCCUAAAAGGCUGUGGGGGCGGUGCCUCAGUGGAGGCCGAGCUACAGAGAGGAUUCCUCGCGAGCCUGGAUCUGGAGGAGCUCCGCAUGGCAGCAGGAUACCUCACGUACGGACUACAGCCCUCGGCCGAGCGUUAAAGUCUGAGCCGCCUGUGAGAAGACUGUUGUAGAAGAGAGACAGUAAAUUCCUGAGUUAACACUGGAAAUAAUGGCACUUUAUUUAUGCUCUAUGUACACGCACUUUCAUAAGUUAUCUGUUUUUAUGUAGUCAGCAUUAUGUGGAGUGUCAACAAUCACCUACAGAUAUGUUUCUGUUAAAUAGACAGCUUUUAUCACAUGAAAUAAACACAGUCCAUCCUUUUAAA